UUGCCCUCCCCCUCCCUGUAAAAGCAUCACACAUCCUCCCGCUAUAACAUCUCGCGUUAUCUGCACACCCAUAAUGGCUACAAUGUAACAGCCCUGGGACCUGACUUCCCUAAGAAAGAAAUUAAAUCCUCCAGAUCUUCGUCCCUUUAAAUGCAUCAGCAGGACAGCCAAGGGGCCUCUGAGAAGCCUACUGAAGAUGUGCCCAUCACUGCGCAGCCCCCCCGAGUGGUCAGAAAGGUCUCAAAGAGAGAAAGGGAAAAAGGAAGCUCUCGGAGCCUCCACCCUGCCAGAAGAGGACACCGUUGCUCCAGCUAUGGCUGCAGUCGUACAUUCCUCAACAAGCAGGAUCUUAUUACCCAUGUGUCAGUUCACUACAAACCCAUACAGUCAAUGACAGAAAAACAGUUCUUGUGUUCAGUGACUGGCUGUAAAGAGGAACUGAGCAGCAUGCAGGACCUUAUGAAUCAUAUGAAGCUCCAUUACAAACCUAACCGCUACUUCAAGUGUGAAAACUGUAUGCAGCACUUCCGCACUCACCGUUCUCUUUUCAAACACCUUCAUGUGUGUUCUGACCCCAACUCUCGCACUUUACCAUUGAGUGGUCAGUCACAAACUCUGUCACCGGAUUCCAAACCAGCAGUAUCAAUGGAGCCUGUAAAACGCCACACAAGUGUUAUUAAAUGUGUAAAAAAAGAGGCGCCAUUCCCAAAUAGCACUGCUUCUAUGGCACCAGCUGCAGCAUCUACAUCCUCCUCCCUUCCUCAGGAUAUUCAAUCUGCAAUGAGUUCUUUGGUCUCUCAGGCUACUAACCCAUUUUCUCUUCUUGAUCCUGCCCUGUUUAUGGGUCGGCUUGCAGGACAGUCUCCCUCUUCUGUUGCUGCGUCUUUUCUUCCUUUCCUCAACCCUUCAGCAUACUCGUUAUCUCAGGCCUCCAUCCCGCAGAGACUGGUAUCUAAUGCAGUCUGGAAAAAGAACCAAGGACACUCCACCAACAGUCGGAUUUUGUGGGAGCACACACGUGACAGCUACAACUGUAUGCAGUGCAAUUUCUCCACCACCUCCAGGGAUCAGAUGACCAAACACAUUGAGGAAGCCCACAAGAAUCCUCCCACUAACCAAUUACAGGCUGAAAUGGAUUAUGACUUUGACCUUCUUCCAUUCCACUCCAAGCUUUCACCAGAAAUGGAAGCCAGCCUUUUUCCACAGACUUGAAGAUAUGAUUCUUCUGCCCAUGUUCCACAAUCCAUGGCCACCCUCUCCCCUCUCUUUUGGGACUAUAUAUAAAUAAACAUGGGGCUUAAGAUCUGUAGGGUUACUGUAUGAUCUUCGUAAUUAUAUGAAAAACUUACGUUGUGCUUUUUAGAACAUAGCAAGCCCUUAAGUGUUUAUCCAAUAUGAUAAUAUGAAACCACUGUAAAUGUUUGGGGGCAUCUUGUUUUCUAGUAUAAAACAACAAAGUGAAAGAAAUUUGUUAGAGCUUUCAUCAUCAAUGUAUAUAAAUAGUUUUCUCUACCACAGAAUUGUUAGCAUUCAAUGUUUCUGGAACCUCUCAGGAUGGUUAUGAUGUACCUAACUGGGUUAUCAACAGUUUCUCUGAUAAGACUCUCACAUUUUUGCUACUUACUUUAUCUUAUGUUUUAUUGGACCAAAUAUCAGUGUUAUACACUUAAUGCAUGAGUUCAUCUGUUGAAAACAAGGAAGCCUACUGAAGAAGCGCAGUUGUGAACAGUAACAGAAGUAGUACUGUGGACACUCUACGCCAGGCUUGAGGCCUAAUGAAAAAUGCAGCUAGUUAAAGAGCUAGCUAUUCUAAUUAAAUUAUCAUUAGAACAUUAGGAUCUCUCUUUGCAAUAGCAACUACCAGUGUUACAUGGACUUAGCAAAUUAUAAAUUAAGGACAUCACAAAGUAAAUUACCAAAAUAUUUCUAAAUACUUUUUAUCAAAUUGCUCUGUCUGUAUAUUAUUGCUGUUGGGGUCUGUGGGUAAAGCUGUGAACGUUUAUAUGGGGAUGUUUUUAGUUGUAUGUAUUUCUGCAUGUUUUGUGUUCGUUAUAAGAAUUGUUGCCCAGGCCAGACUUCCAUCGGGCCAAUAGGAAAUUGGUAACAAUAAGAAUAAUCUUUUUUUUUUUUUUUUUUGCAGAACGCAUUUGAUAUAAAAUUCUUUUGGAAACAGA